AUGAUGAGCGCUGCAUCUUUUUUAUCCCCGGCGGGCGAGCGCCCUCCACAAUACCGCACUCCGUCCCCUCCGCCGCGACGCGCUGUCGAACCCAUAACUCCAUCCACCACCGAAUUUCUCGCCUCUUGGGCCGAGCGUAAUAUCACUCGGGCCACCAGUCUUGACCGCGACCAGCGAUCCUCAAACCACAGCCGGAGUGUUGCUACCGAUGCAAGUUCCCAUCAACGGUCGGGCCAUGGCCGAUCAAAUUCUACAAUCGACACACUUGCGACCAUAGCCCUCGCAACCAGCCCAACUUUCGCACCCCUCUCACGCCGUCCACCUUCCCCCAAUUCUCAACCGACUGCACCCUUGUUUCCUCCCGAUAACCAUUCCGAAAGACCGGCCAAGCGUCCCAGGUCACAACGAGAUCCGUCACCGCAUCAGUCUCAGAGAAUUCCACCGAGCAAUCCCCACUCUGCCUUCAUAGACAGCAUGAAAACCGACGCGGAGCUUUUGCUUAACUUUGCCCGGCCCACCCACUUUCACCCCGAAACCGUCAGAAAACGGGUUAGCAUUGACGAGUCCUACCACAAUCACGGCGCUAACUCAAUACGACACAAUCGAGUUGGGUUCGCUGGAGAUUCUGCUGGCCCGGAAGAUGGGAAAUCCCUGCACAACGAGGAUGGUAUUCCGCCAUCACGCAUGAGGUCUCGUUCAGAUGGGUCUGCAUUUCUCUCGCGCCCUGUCAUCCGUGGCGUACGUCCAGCCACUAGCUCAGGGACAUUACCUCCGGUCGUUUGGGAAGAUGAAAAUGAGGAUAGCACUCCCGGGGUGGAAGUAUCUCGGUAUGCUGGAUAUGGGGAACAUCAAUCUGCUGAGGACCGAGAAUCCAUUCCUCGCAAAACACCUGAACCCGUCCCCAAACUUGAAGAAGAAUCAAGUGAGACGAAUCAAGCAAGCUGUACUGCGUGUCACCUGGUGCGAAUUCCGGUAGAGACCGAGGAGCAAGAUGAAGAUACUUGGAUCGGCUGCGACGGUUGUAAGCGCUGGUUCCAUAUUGUCUGUGCUGGGUUCAAGAACGACAGAGAGGUUCGCACCGUUGAUAAAUUCAUCUGUCGUGCAUGCCGGUCCACCCAUGGGCAAACAACCUUUGUCCGCAAAUCUUCGCGUGCUCGUACAGCAAUUGAUUAUGCUGGUCUGAAUCAGGGGGUUGUCAAAGCGGCCACUGAUUCCGCAGAGCACCACUAUCUUGAGCCUAUUCGUCAAGGUAAGAUCAAGUUUCAACCGGAGAGCUUUCCUCGUAUGAAGCCGGAGUUGGUCACAGCAGAAUACUUCGAACGAGGCAACGGAUGGAAUGAACCUGUUGUUAUUCCGGCUUGCUGGAACCGCCGUGACCCCGUUCCCGAAGUCGACGCAGACUUAGAGACUUUGGUGCACGAAGCUGCAACACAGGAAAUGUUUGAUGACCUGCUCGACCAUCUUUCUGAACAGGCAAUUGAUGUUGAGAAUCACCCUGAAUGUGGUCAAGAUCAACUUGACAUGGUGAUUCCUCAAGGCCUCACUGUUCGGGCAGUGGCGGAGCUCUACGGCCCCGAGGAGAGGGUCGAGGUUAUUGAUGUCAAGUCUCAACAAGGCGAAGAUAAGAGGUGGAACAUGCAGAAAUGGGCCGAUUACUAUGAGAGCUCUGAACCCAACAAGCCCGUUCGAAACGUUAUCAGCUUGGAGGUAUCGCAAAGCAAGCUAGGCCGUCUCAUCAAGCGACCUAAGGUUGUACGCGACCUGGAUCUCCAAGACGCUGUAUGGCCUGAAGAAUUGAAGGCUAUUGGCGACUACCCAAAGGUUCAGUUUUAUUGCCUUAUGUCUGUCGCCGACUGUUAUACCGACUUCCACAUCGAUUUCGGUGGAUCCUCGGUUUAUUACCACAUUCUCAAAGGCAAAAAGACAUUCUUUUUCAUUCCUCCGAAAGACAAACAUCUCAGGAAGUACGAGGAGUGGUGCAAUUCUCCCGCACAGGAUUCAAUAUUCCUUGGCAACCAAACAAAGGAGUGCUAUCGUGUUGAUUUGUCCGAGGGGGACACCAUGCUUAUCCCAUCCGGCUGGAUCCAUGCCGUUUGGACCCCAGAGAACAGUCUAGUCAUAGGUGGCAAUUUCCUUACUAGACUGAACUACGGAAUGCAGAUCAAGAUUCUCAAUAUCGAGAAGGAGACGAAGGUUCCUAAGAAGUUCAGGUACCCCUUCUUCCAGAAGAUUCAAUGGUACACGGCAUUGAAGUACCUAGAAGAUGACCCCGUUCCGGAAAAUGUGCUGGAGGCCUUCGCCCAGGACGAGAAUUUCCGAGUCCACAGACAUUACCCUAUCUAUUAUGAGUUUGGAGAACGUGCCAACCAAGAGCCUCCCGGCUCUCCUUAUUACAACGCCCGAUUUUACUCUCAAGCAGAGCUGGAGGGCUUGCCGGAGUUGACUAAGUAUCUUCUUCGGACUGCUCUCAUUGCAAGCUCUUAUAACGUCGAUGGGGUGACAGUGGAUGUGCGCAAUGCUGUCAGACGUUCUAUUCCGAAGGGAGUCGGAGAUCCCGUGGACCUAAUUCGCAAAUUUGGUAUUUGGGCUGUCUGGAAACGCGGUAACGAGAAAGCGCCUCAGUGGACUCGUCCAGGUGUAAUCGAAAGCAACCCCAAGGUGUCUCUCACAGAUAAACGACCAGCUGGUCGGCCUAGCCGUCGCUCCGAACGUAAUGUGGACAGCCAGCGCACCUACGCCGAAAGACAGGCUGUUCAACGACCCACGGAAGAGGAUGCUACUCCUGUGCCUCCCGCAAGCAGCGGGACUCUCGCGUUAUCCGAUAGUGCAACACCUGCCCCGGUUGGUCCUAUUGCAGAGAUUACUCCUCAAGAACCAACGACGCCUAAACCACGCUCUACGCCACGGGGCUCGGGUCUUGGUCCGAAACGCGUCGCCUGUGAUGCUUGUCGCAGACGACGUAUCAGGUGUCGCCAUAAGGAUGAGCCGAAUGAGUGGAUACAGGGUCGGCAAAUGGCAAUCAAUGGAUUCGCACCUGGAUCGGGUCUCAGCACCCCAUCUUCCCUCGCCCAGGAUGCAGUCUCUGCCUUGAACUCCUUGGCUGCAAUCGCCUCUCAAGCUGGAUUCCAGGGAAACAGUGUGCCUGGUUUGGAACAUUUUGACUCGGCUUUUCAAUCGACAAUCAUGGGUGCCUCGACCGCAGCUGCCAACAGACUCAAUGAAGGCAGCCCCGACGGUGCCAAUGGCAGUAAGAAGGGGCGCAGUAAGGCAUGUGACGACUGUCGGAAAAGCAAGCGUCGUUGCAUCCACGAUGACCGUGGAAAUAUUGACCCGAUCAAAGCCCAAGAACGGUCGAAACCUCGUGGCACUACAUCUGCAAAACGACCCCGUCCUAAUGAAGACGAGGCCAUUUCUGCUACAGCCAAGAAGACCAAGCAAGAGAGCACAUCUCCAAUUGCACAACCGGCAUUAUACAGUCAACAUACAGAUGGUGGCAUGAUGGCUCACGCAAUGCCAGUCCCAAAUUAUGACGACGAUCAUAUUGGCUAUGGUUCUCUAGAUCAGCUUCAGGACCAGCCUUUUAAAGAGGAUGAGACGCACAUUGGCCACGUUUCAUAUGCAUCGCCGCCCGCUUUCCACGCCGAUUUGGUUGAAGGGAAGGAUGUCACUUCUAUGUCAGUUUCAUCGAAACCUACCGCCUCCCUAGUUUCCCCGCCUACGUCGCUGGCCGACGAAAUGGAUGUGGUGCAGGACGGAGAGGCACUAGCGUCCGUUGAGGGUGAAGCACCCACUGCGCUUCACACGCCGAAUUCCAGCUCCCGCCAUUCUUCUCGCCAACCUCGACAUGGUGACCAAUCCCGACACGGUGACCAAGCUCGGCACGGACAUCAGCCUCGGCAUGCCGAACGCUUUGCGCCAGAGGCGUCUACCAACCGUGCAUCUAAGUCUGCCAAUAUUUCAUACCCGCAUAUGCGUGGAAUGACCGUGUCGGGUUUUACCUAUUCCCCCAAGAAACCCUCGUCACGUCCAUCAUCCUCACAUGCAAAGAAAAGCUCCCCGAUGGUGGAGAGACAUUUCGAUCGUCACGCGCCCAAUUCUUUAUCUCCCCACCAGUUAAAGCAUACAAAGCACCUCAUUAUUGACGAGGCUGGUACAGAUGCCGAGAGCCUGCGGCUCAUUCGAGAGCUCCAGGAAGAAGAAUUUGGGCUGCGAAGACGACGAGGCUAG